AUGAGGUUAUUACUUUGGGCCUUUGCCCUUUUUGCCGUUUCCUUUGCUGAAGAAACGGUCGUCGAGGAAAAUGUCGUGGUCGAAAGUGAAAAUGUUGAGAUUGAGGCCACAGAUUCAACUGAAAUCAAGGAAGAACAACAAGAGGAAUACAUCGAAUAUGUGGAAGACAUUGGCGAGCUGCAAAAAAUGAUUGAUGAGAAUGAAUACGUCCUUGCAUAUUUUUUUCAUCCCGCUUGCAUCCCUUGCAUGGAGUUUUCCGAAACUUUCAACGAGCUUCCCCAAGCUCUCGAGGAUCUCGAAUGGGCUCAGAACAUCGAACUCGUCCAGAUCAACAUGGGCGCAGAUACAGAGAGAAUCAAAGAGAUGUACAACAUCGAGGGCUAUCCUUGGAUUAAUUUUUACAAAAACGGACGAGCUUCGCGAUACCAGGGUCGUCGUCACAUUCCCAAACUGGUGAAAUUUAUGGCCCGUCGAAUUUUGUACAGUUUUCGUCACGUUGAAACGCUUGAUGCAGCUGAGGCACUCAAAGAGAAGUACAAUGAAGACACCCAAGUGCUCUGCCUCGGAUAUUACCCAGAAGGCGAUGCGAAUAUCUCCACGCUAGAAUAUGCAAGCGAUGAUUUCGAUUUGGUCACAAUGGCGGCUACUUUUAAUGCCGAUGUAGCGAAAGUCUUUGGGAUUGAGAGACAUGGAACAUACAUUUUCAAGCAGUCCAUGCCAGGAAGAAUCGUUGAAAUGGAAGGAGAAAUGACCAAGGAGACGCUGAGCUCUUUCCUUGAAAAUUUUGGCAAGCCACUUGUGCAGGAUUAUACAGAGGAGCACACGAUGGUUAUUUUUAACAAAGAUCAAGCUCAUCACAUCUUCCUACUCCUUCCUGAUCCGACAAAUGAGGAAGAAGAAACGAAAUAUGCUAAGAUCUUGGACAACUUCAUCGAAUUCGCCGCAAAAGUUGAACAAGCGGGUCAUGGGAAGGAUACGCUUUUCAUGGUGGCAGAUGCCGACAACCCGGAUAAUUAUCGACUCGUUGGCUUCUUCGAUGUCGUGCCUGAUGAGCUUCCUACCUACAGAAUUUCCCACACGGCAACGGGAAAUCGCUGGGGAAGACGAGUCAUGAAGAAGAAGGAGUGGCAGCCAGAUCGACUUUUUGAAGUGUUCGAAAAUGCACUUGCUGGGAAUGAGAAGUUCCAACUUGCCGAAGGAGCGCCGGAGAACUUCUACGAAAUGGAACCGCUCUAUUUGACAACUGCCGUCUUCGAGCAAAACAUCGCCCAGCAAAAACCUCACCUUGUCCUGUUCCACCACGGCGGAAAUGAACGAGAAAUGGAACUCCUAAAACAAAUUGCGGAAGCUUUCCCGCUUGAAACUUACAAAAAGAAGAAACGAGGCUACCCAAGAAUCACCGAAUUCAACAUCAAGAAGAACUACAUCAUCGCCUCUUCUUCGACCUCUGUUCUCCGGGGCAAAGAAGUCAAAGCUGGAGAGUUUUGGCUCUUCAGAGGCUUGGAAACCAUGGUCAAAUACGAAGGCCCUCUAGUUUUCGACACCCUUUUCGAUUGGACAAAAGAAAAGGCCAAGAAGAAGCUGCACGAGGGACAACAUGACGAGCUCUGA